GGGAGUUUGGAGUUCCGUGCAGGGGGAGACGAGGAGGGGCUGGGCUGCACCCCUCCAUUAAGGAAGGACAUUUGCAUGUGUGAUGGGGGCCGGCUGUCUCCUGCUCCAGCGCACGGCUGGGGACUCGCUCGCUUAGAGAAUUUCCCCCUUUGGUCAGCCCGGGUGGGCAGACAGGGGACCGGGCAGGGCAGCCGAGCUUCACCUUGGCUUCGGGGCCGGGCAGAGUUUGAGCUGCUUGGGACUCGAGCUUUCGUUGAGGUUCCUGUCUGGUAGCACAGGCAGGAGGGGCUGGGGAAUACCUGGGUAUCUGGAGGAGAUCUGUCGGUGUUUACAGAGGUCGGAGCUGGAACAGGCUGUCCUUGCUGAUGCUGGGCUGCCUGGGGGAAGCAGCUGGACAAUACAACCCCCACCUUGAUAUUGUUUCCAGUUUGAAGUCAUAAAGUGGAUAGAAAUUAUUGCAAAUCAGGAUCAGUAACCGACUGGGACUUCUUCAUGGCUGAUAAACCCCAGCCUACAAGAGAGCAGCAGGAGCUGCUGUUAAUUAUUCAGCCGAGCAGAGAUGCCUGAAGCAAGAGCAAGCACAAGUCAAACAUUGCUGGCUUCACACUGAUGAACCAGAAAUGGGCAACUCUGAAACGUUAAAUAUGAAACAGUCCAUUGAUAGAAUCUGAACAGAGCCCAUAUUUCAUAAUAUGCUGAGCUAACAAUAAAUGAAAAAAAAAAAGAAAGGUGUGUCCAUUUUCAUAAGUAUUGGGCAAAGUCUCACCUGCCACUGGCACUAAUCCUGAAACCCUGGUGCCCAGGUUUUGUCCUUUUCCCCCAGCUUCCAAUUUACAGAGGGACACCCACUUGGCUGCCCAGAUGUGGGCUGCCUAAGAUGCCUUAGAUUCUUAAGUCCUGCAAAAUCAGGCAAGAUUAGACCUGACUUUUAAUUUAUAUUUGUACAGUGUUCUCUGAUUUUUAUCACAGAGAAAAUCAGGAAGAAAAAUAAAGACAGGAUAAAAAAAAAAAAAAAAGAGAGAAAUCCUUCAAAGUUUUCUUGCGCAUCCAAAGAAAACAAGCAUCGAAAGAAAUCUUUACUGGUCCCUGUAAAACUCUCGACUGUUCUGGAGCUCCCAAGGAGGGAGAGUGAGAAGGGUGUUGAAGCAGCCCGGGGAUGUGUGGUGGUUUUGAAUGGACAGAGCUCAGCAGAGGACUUGAUGCUGAUUCCUGUACAAAGCUGAGGCAGAAAAUGUGGAGUUAGGAUUUGCUGUCCUCUGCUGGGAAUUGCUGGGAAAAUUUCCUAUUGCAGUGUUAUGCAGCAGUGGCUUUUACACCCUGAGCAGCUGAGAAAGUGUCUCAUAAGAAACAGCAAAGGCUUGUUUCUGCCUUUAUUAAUUUGCCAAAAUCUGUAGUGAUUUGGCUUCCAGCUGAGUGUGAUUGUGAAAGAAGAAUCUUCUGACCCCUCCAACACUGGUCUUGCUGAUCUCUGCCAGCCAAGGCAGGGACACAGCUCUGCCUGCCUGAGGUCACCCCAAACUGCAUCUGUUCACUAAAUCUGUGCUGGGAGAGCACAGGGGGCUGAAUCGGCUCUGGGCUGUGAUUAUGGCAAGGCCGUACCCAGUGCUGUCUGUGCUGUGCAGGCUGAAGCUCCACCAGCAGCUCUCCUGUGUUGGGUGCAGGGGUUAGAGGCUCUUAGGUCAGCAGGGACCUUAGGUCUGAGGGAGGGAUACCCUCAGAUCAGGAAAUCUGCCUUGGAUUCUGCAGUUCGACUCCCUGGUCUGAGCCCCUUCCUUUUAUUUUCCUGGCUUCUCAAAAAAUUUUGUGUGGUAAAAUUUUACUCUGCUGACAUCUGCUGAAGUCCUGAAACUGAGACAAACCUCACUAAGAGUCCUCCUAGGACACCCUGCAGCAUCUUCAGUGCUUCAGCUGCCUUGUGUAACUGUUCCAGCACUUCUUUGCUUCUCCUGACUCAAUAUGUGUCAGUGCAAGGCUGGAGGAUGCAGCUGGAAGCCAUGGGAUUGAACAUGAUGAUUUACAGCUCUUCCGUUCCUGUGGGAAAUGGGAUAGGGGUUUCUGAAGCAAUGGGAACUACUCUGGGAAUUCAGAGUCAGAUUUAGCAAGAAAAACGCUUUUUUUCAUCUGUUUGCCUCUUGAGAGGGGGCUGGAAAACACCACUGGGAACCCUGGAUUACAGCUGUCUGUUUAAGGACCUCCCUUCCCUCCUUGGCAAUCUGAGCAAGGAUUCUCCAGAGGAAGUGUCACAGGGUUGCCAUGUCCAAUGUGACCAGCAGGAAGAGCACAGCAUGUCUGUAGCAAUGGCUGCUCUACCAGGUUUUCAUCAGCUUUACAGAAGAGUCUCACUUUCAGCCAGACCUGCUCUUACACAGAAGCAGAUGUGUAAUCAAGGAUUCUGAACACAGCAGGAUUAAUUGCAGCAGCAUUUUCAACGUGACAUCCACUGUUGUUGCUCCAGAAUACUGUGAAGGCAGCUGGCCUGCCCUAAAACACAACCUCCAAGCAGAUGGCAAAGCAGAAAUUUCCAUAUCUUUAUUCCCUUAUCUCCAUGCAUUAGGGAAGGAGAAGGCAGAGUUAGAACCAAUUCUGACCUUUAUUUGUGUUUCCCUUUGCUCUCAGCUCUGUUAUCUCCAGCUCAUUUCUGCAGGUUCAAGGGAAUAAGGAUGAGCCACUGAUGCUUUUCUUGGUGUCUCACCUCAGGAUGUGGUCUGCUGCCCAAAGCCACACAGGGCAACAUCUCAGAGCCCCGCUGAGCUCCUCAAAGGACCUUUCUCUGCUGUCCUUCUGCAAGCACAGGAAUUAACUCUUCUCUAGGACAUCACCUGUGGGGUUGCAGAAUCUGUUAAAACAUACUGCUGACAUCAGAAUGGGUUUUUUUUGCCCACUGCAGUUCAGCCAUAGACAAGAAGACGGGGGAGAAAGUGGCCAUCAAGAAGCUGUGCCGCCCAUUCCAGUCAGAGAUCUUUGCCAAGAGAGCCUACAGAGAGCUGAUGCUGUUGAAGCACAUGCAGCAUGAGAAUGUCAUUGGGCUGCUUGAUGUCUUCACCUCCACUGCUUCCUACCAGGGGUUCCAGGACUUACUCAGGGCCUUGUCUUACUGCCUUUUAGCUACCUGGUGAUGCCAUACAUGCGGACAGAUUUACAAAAGAUCAUGGGACAUGAAUUCAGUGACGAAAAGAUCCAGUACCUGGUCUACCAAAUGCUGAAAGGGCUGAAGUAUAUUCAUUCAGCUGGCAUUGUCCACAGGGACCUGAAGCCAAGUAACCUGGCUGUGAAUGAAGACUGCCAACUGAAGAUGGCAGUGUGUAAUGACUUCCUAGAGAAAUUCAGCACUGCUGAGCAAUACUUGCAGCAGAUCUUGGAUUUUGGUUUGGCCAGACAGGCUGAUGCUGAGAUGACUGGCUACGUGGUCACACGGUGGUACAGAGCCCCAGAAGUCAUCCUGAACUGGAUGCAUUACAACCAGACAGUGGAUAUCUGGUCUAUUGGCUGUAUCAUGGCAGAAAUGCUGACUGGGAAAACACUCUUUAAAGGAAGAGACUACCUGGAUCAGCUGACCCAGAUCCUGAAAGUAACAGGGCACCCAGGAGAGGACUUCUUGGAGAAGCUGGAGGACCAAGCAGUAAGGAAGUUCCCUGUGGAUUUGGGUCCUGUCCUGCUGGCACAGGCAAAAAGUUAUAUCAAGUCCCUUCCUAAAAUCCCCAAGAAGGAUUUGUCUGUGCUUUUCCCUAAAGCAAAUCAUCAGGCUGUGGACCUGCUUGACAAGAUGUUGCAGCUGGAUGUGGAAAAGCGCCUCACAGCCACAGAGGCCUUGGCUCACCCCUAUUUUGACCAGUUCCGAGACAUUGAGGAGGAGACAGAGGCACAACAUUCCUAUGACGAUUCUCUGGAACAUGAAAAGCUUUCAAUAGAGGAAUGGAAAAAGCACAUUUACAAGGAGAUCUUGACCUUCAGUCCCAUUGCACGGAAGGAUUCAAAGAAGAGAAGUGGGAUGUCAUUAUAGCGAUGGGUGCAGCUGUAUCUGGGACUCAGUUCUUCUUGAUGACACCAAAUUCAUACCACAUUGCAUUGCUGGUUGCCAACUUUUGGCCUGUGGAACCUCUCUUCAUGUGCCAACAUAAGGAUGACACCAUGCCGUUGGCACUGGACUUUGUUCUACUAAAGGGGAAGCUCCUCAGACAAUUUCCAAAGUAAAAGACAAAUAUAUUCUUGUUGAAACUUUAAGUGGGA